UAAGGGUUAGCAUCCUAUUCUAGCUCUCUGGCCUCCCCAGCAUGAGCCGCCAAUUCACCUACAAGUCAGGAGCUGCCGCCAAGGGGGGCUUCAGCGGCUGCUCAGCAGUGCUCUCAGGGGGCAGCUCCUCCUCCUACCGGGCAGGGGGCAAAGGACUCAGCGGGGGCUUCAGCAGUCGAAGCCUCUACAGCCUUGGGGGUGCCCGGAGCAUCUCCUUCAACAUGGCCAGUGGCAGUGGGCGGGCAGGGGGCUAUGGGUUUGGCCGAGGCCGGGCCAGUGGUUUUGCUGGCAGCAUGUUUGGCAGUGCGGCUGUGGGGUCCGCGUGUCCGUCUGUGUGCCCUCCAGGGGGCAUCCACCAGGUCACCGUCAACAAGAGCCUCCUGGCCCCCCUCAACGUGGAGCUGGACCCGGAGAUCCAGAAAGUGCGCGCGCAGGAGCGGGAGCAGAUCAAGGCGCUGAACAAUAAGUUUGCCUCCUUCAUCGACAAGGUGCGGUUCCUGGAGCAGCAGAACCAGGUGCUGGAGACCAAGUGGGAGCUGCUGCAGCAGCUGGACCUGAACAACUGCAAGAACAACCUGGAGCCCAUCCUGGAGGGCUACGUCAGCAACCUGCGGAAGCAGCUGGAGACGCUGUCCGGGGACCGGGUGAGGCUGGACUCGGAGCUGAGGAGCAUGCGGGACGUGGUGGAGGACUACAAGAAGAGGUAUGAGGAGGAGAUAAACAAGCGCACAACAGCCGAGAACGAAUUCGUGGUGCUUAAGAAGGACGUGGAUGCGGCUUACAUGAGCAAGGCAGAGCUGCAGGCCAAGGUGGAUGCCCUGGACAGAGAAAUCAAGUUCUUCAAGUGUCUGUAUGAGGGGGAGAUCGCUCAGAUCCAGUCCCACAUCAGUGACACAUCCGUCAUCCUGUCCAUGGACAACAACCGGAACCUGGACCUGGACAGCAUCAUCGCUGAGGUCCGGGCGCAGUACGAGGAGAUCGCCCUGAAGAGCAAGGCCGAGGCUGAGGCCCUGUACCAGAGCAAGUUCCAGGAGCUCCAGCUGGCGGCCGGCCGGCACGGGGAUGACCUCAAACACACCAAGAAUGAGAUCUCAGAGCUGACCCGGCUCAUCCAGAGGCUGCGAUCAGAGAUUGAGAGUGUGAAGAAGCAGUGCUCCAACCUGGAGAUGGCCAUCGCUGAUGCCGAGCAGCGGGGCGACUGUGCCCUCAAGGAUGCCCGGGCCAAGCUAGAUGAGCUGGAGGCUGCCCUGCACCAGGCCAAGGAGGAGCUGGCCCGGAUGCUGCGCGAGUACCAGGAGCUGAUGAGCACAAAGCUGGCCCUAGAUGUGGAGAUCGCCACUUACCGCAAGCUGCUGGAGGGCGAGGAGUGCAGGAUGUCUGGAGAGUACACCAACUCCGUGAGCAUUUCGGUCAUCAGCAGCUCCACGGCUGGAACCCCAGGCGCAGGAACCAGCUUUGGGUUCAGUGGCGCUGGCACCUAUGGCUACCGGUCCAGCUCUGUCAGUGGGGGCUACAGCAUGCUGUCUGGUGGCUGUGUCACCGGCAGUGGGAACUGCAGCCCCCGCGGAGAGGCCAAAACCAGGCUGGGGAGUGCAAGUGAAUUCAAGGACCUCCCGGGGAAGUCUUCAGCUCUGAGCUCGCCCUCCAAGAAAACCACGAGAUAAAGUGAAAGACAGCUGUCCGCCUUGCCCUGGUUUCCUCUGGACUCUCUUCUCCAGGAAAUUCCUCUGUCACAUCUGUCAUCACCUCCUCCUUGCUUUUCUUUGCCACUGACAUCUCCUCCUCUCUUCCGCAUCUCUGUCUUAGUCUUUCCUAAUCUAGAAUCAGGAGUCUAGCCCAUCCUUCUGCCUUCAUACAAGGGACCUCUGAACUCAGCCUCCCCUUCCUGAGCGUUGCCAAAGAUGGAGGCCUGACCUUUCUCUGGCCUGCAUGCCCCCUUGCAGAGGGAGGUUUUCUCUCGAGCGUAGCCGCCAUCUUCCUGCUGUGUGUCCCACGCCCUAGCGUAGGUAGUUCCUUGGCCGUGGGCUCCAUGGGUACGUGAGAUUACAGGUGCACUGAUGGACCUGCCAGAACUGUCGCCUGUCAGAGCACCACCAGCCCAGCGAAACACCAGUUAUAGGUCGUAUCUUACAUGUUGCCUGCAGACUAUAUAGCUGGCAGUACCCCUGCAGGCUGGUCCUGUCAACGAAGAGAUCUCUGCCUCCAUACAUGAGCUCUUGUCCUCAUCCAGGCCCCACCUCCCUGCUUCCCCCGUGUCAGCAAUAAAUUUAUAAAACUCAUGCAGGACCAGGCUGCAUCUCUCUCCUAAGGGAAUCCUCAUUCAGGCCACGUCUCUUCCACGUGUGGAGGUCAAUGACCUGAAACCUGGGGCAUCGGAGGUCCGUCUGUUCCCUAGAACCCCAAGUACCUUUAGAUCUGAGUGACAGAGACCCUUGCACAGAUUGCAGAGUCCCACCAUCACCUCUGCUGGAUUUUGUGACAUUCAGGAUUCAGCUCUGUCCCCAGCCCCAGCAGAUGCACCUUCUAAAUCGUGCUUUUCCCAGGCCAAUGCUCCAGUGAAUGGGUCAUCUUUAAGAACACCCAGAUUAUUAGCAGGGAGAGGAAGCCAAAACAUGCCUUGAGGCAUGAUUUAAAACUGGCCAAGAGGCAGCAGAUGGCCAGUUCCCAAGAUCCUGGGGCUUCAGUGAUGUCUGUUCCCUGUUCUGUGGGGAAAAGCCAAAGGUAGCUGCUCUUCAGAGUGACGAUCCAUGACCUCUUGGUCCUUGGUAAAGUUUCACUGGGUUGACUAUGGAUGUGAAUGUACAUAUGAGUUGUGUUUAAGCAGGAGGCCACUACUGUACACACACCACUCAGCUUCCCACACAUUCUUAUGCUCAGAGAUUUCUCUUAGGUCCCCAGGCCAGGAUGAUGCUGUCAGGAUGCAAAGAGCAAGUGAGAGGCUGGCACACAUUCAGGCUGGGGCUCACAGGUGCAUCUGAACAGGGUCACCGUGGGUCUGGAGAGAGUCCUGGAGUUCAAGUCAAUAGCUUUGAAUUCAGAUUCAGACUCUGCAACUAACUGCUGAUCAUGAGCAAAGCUCUCAACCUUUUUGAGCCUCAUUGCUUUAGCUAUAAACUAGGCAGAAUAAUACCCCCGGAUUGUUAUUAGGCUAAAAUGAGACAACACGAGGAUGUCUUGUGCAAUUCUUGAUACAAAGUUCAUGCUUAAUAAAUGUUGGUGGAAACAGAA